AUGCAGACUAGUUUGAAGUUACUCAUAAGAAGGGCAUCUACAAUAAACAACUCAUCUGCCAACGAUCCAUUUUAUCACUCUGAAUGGCCUAGUCAUAAAAAUCCCUCUCCAUAUGAUGUUUUAAACAUAAAGAAGUCAGAAUUUGAUCCCAAGACUCUUCGGAAAAGAUAUUACCAAUUUGCAAAGAUCUAUCACCCAGAUAUCUCCAAAAACAGCACACUAAUCAAUCAUAAAGGUGAUAGACUAAGUGAUGAUCACAAAAAUGAGAGAUUUAAACUUUUGACAAAUGCUUAUACGUUACUAAAAGAUGAGGAUAAGAAGAAUUUAUAUGAUCAAUUCAGAAUGGGAUGGGAAACCAAUGAACAAAUACUUACGAGAUCUCAUUAUCGAAAACCAAGUCCUGCUUAUGCUACUCAAUAUGACAACUAUGCAUAUUGGAAUGCUGGUAGUUGGGAAGAUUACCAGAAUUUGAGAGAGGAUGAUCCAACCACAAGAAGUGAAAAGAUGAAAAUAUUAGCAGCAUUAGUUGGGAUAAUCAUAUUUUCUGCAACGAUACAAGGAUGGAUGCUAUUGAAUAGUGUUGAAAAAACUUUAAUGGAGAGUAAAAAGGUCCAUGAUGAUACUGAAGCUGAUCUUGGGUUAGUGUAUAUGAAUUACGGGUAUGACCAGUCUAGAAUCUCUAGAUUUAGAAGAUUUUUAUGGUUUAGAACAUUUGGCCUAUACAGAGAUAAAGAAUCUUUAGAUGAGAGUCAUUUGGAAAAUGAAAAGAUUUUGAAGCAAGUGUUUGGGAAAGAUUAUGUUGAGUACGAUGAUUGA